AUGAUUCUUGGCGAAUCGUCACAAGCUCUGGGGCCGGAUGUGGAGCUUGUGGCCGUCUUCUCCGAUGAAUCUUUUGACAAUGCACACAGCCCUCUGCAGACCAGAAAUGAGCAGACAAAGCAGAUAAAGACCUGGCUGAGGAUGCUGCUGUUUGAGCUGCUGCUGUUUCUGGCCCAGAACAAGGCAACCAGUGAGGAGCUUUGGCAAGCCGCAGUCGGCUGUCUGUGCCAUCUGUGCUCAAGCGGAGGGGAUCUGAAACGAGAGUGGCUGCAGCCCAUGCCACCCCGAGCAAUGGCUGCAAUCCUCCGCUGCAGCAGCCAACAUCACUGGCCGGACAGCCUCCAUACCCAGCUGGUCAGGUUGACGACCAACCUGCUGUAUGUGGAAGAUGACAGCCCAGCAGCAGACAGGAAGGGCAGCAGCCAGCAGCCAGAGGGCGGACUGGAGAAUGCAGACAGCAUCCCCGACAGCAACUCUGAUGGCGGCCUGUCCUUCAAGACCGCCGCCACAGACUCCGAGCCAGCAGCCGCGCAGCCGUGCAGCCAUGCCGGCCUGCGCCUGUCCCUCGCCCGGCUGCAGGCAUUUGGGGGGGUUGAAGAGGUGGCGCGGCACUUCCGAGCUGCAGCCUCUCGGGAGGCCCGCCGUAACCUACUGUGCAUCCUGCUGGACUGCAUCGUCGCCCGUCUCUGCAAGGUGGGGUUGCACGAGGAGGCUAACGACAUCUCACAGCUCCUUGAGGGUCCCGAGGAUGCUUUGCUCAUUUGCCGCAUGAUGGCCGCCAGCGAUGUGGCAGAUGCCCUCAGCGCGGCGUUCCUCUGCGGCCUUCCCGGCUUUGCGCUCCCCAUUGCCUCCAGCCUCAGCCUGCCGGCGUCGAUGCAGGAGAGCGAGGCAGAGCGGAUGCAGGCAGCAAUAAGGCUGGUGCUGGAACAGGCGGAGGCCCUGGCAGUCAGCACUGCAGCCGGCGAGCUCACGCCUGCGCUGCUGCCUGCACUCACCCACACGCUGGCCGGCGUCAGCAGCGCAGCCGCCGCCUCGCAGGGCGCCAACGGCGUCUGGGCGUGCCUGACCGACCUCUUCUGCAGCCCGGAUCCCCGCUCUGCCCAGCUUGCGGAGUCAUGGCUGCUCCGCCUGCUGGUGGCUGCGGCAGAGAGGCAUCUGCAGGAGCAUGAGGAGGCAGUCGCACCGGCCCUUCUCCCAGUGCCGCCGGGCACCGGCUCAGACAGCAUUGGGCUUCAGCAGGAGCAGUUGGCUGAUGUGCUCCAGCACAUACUGGACAAGGCCACUCCAAGGGUCAACACGGUAGCGCGGCUGGUGAGGGUGGUGUGGCGCCUGCUGCUGGUCGUGAAGCAGCGCUGCAGCCUGACGCACAGCGUCUCCAUGGAGCUGACCUCCCCGCCCAUCUCGCCGCCCUUCCUGCGCAGCCUCCGCGGCGCCGCGCGCAGCAUCUGCACUCCCAGGCACGGCCCACUCCCGAAUAAGCCGAGCACGGGCAAGGAGGGGAGCGGGCACCACCGCGUGCCGUCACUGGACGCAGCGCUGCGGCGGCUGCGGCUGUCCGACGAAACAUACUACAGCGCGAGUGCCAGCGCGAGUGCUGACCAGGAGGUCCUCUCGAUUCCCCCACUGCCGGCAUCCGAGCGGCAGGCCUCGCGCUUCUCCCUGGACCCUGCUGCGUCCAACGGCGCCGCAUCAGAUGACACCGCGGCCACUGCAUCGCCGGCAGACAAAGAAGACGAGGAGGAAUCGGAGCCGGGGGAUGAAGCUGGCGAGGCCGGUGUGGAGAAGCCCAGCCCACGUCCAGAGGGCGCCAGCAUGGAUCUUGCAGCCCGCGGAGACAUGGCGAGGCAGGAACAGAAGAGCGAGGGCGACGCUCCUGACGGAGCUUCGGCUGCAGAGCCGGGCGCGGAAGUGCACGGCGGUGGCGCAUCCGCGCGCAAGGUGCUGGUGACUGAGGAAGAGGAGCAGGGCGGUGAGGAGGAGGCCAGUGUAUGGCACAGCUACAGCGCUGCAGAGCUCAGCCUGCCCACCCAGGCCGUGCUUGUCGACUGGCUCUUGGACGCGCCAGACAUCUGCAGGGAGGAGGCCUUCCUGGAGCUGGGCCGUCUAUUGAUCAUCUCCCUGGUCUUGCCGGCGCAAGUGUCCUUCUCCCAGGCAAAAUCCUUCUCACUGGACGCAGCCGCCGAUCUGGACCCGCAUGCUGACGUCAUAUCAGAGCAGAAUGCUGUCGGGACGGUGGCUGCAUUCCUGGCGGGCACUUUGGGCGUGCCGCAUGAUCUGCUGAGCAGCGUGUCCCCGGUGAUGCUGGCCCACAUAUUCCAGAAUAUGCCACAGAGCAGCCCCAAAGAGGCCUGGUCAAGCACGACUCUGAGGGAUGUCCGCGCAGCAGUGCUGCUGUUGCUGGCAGCGCGCUGCAAGGGCAGCCUAGAGGACACGGCAGCUAUCGGCGGCAGCAGUUUCUUUGUGGGUGUGCUCAACGACAGGGAUCCUCGUGUGCGCCACAUCGCUGCCAGCUUCCUGCAGGCCCACUUCAUGGCAAGUCAGCCAAGAGCAUACAGGCGGGGUCUGAGGCAGCUGGUGAUCCAAGCGCAGCAGAACGCAGAGGAUCGGCUGUGCAAUGCUUUUCUGCAGGUCUCCAGUCUGCUUGAUAUGCGCCUUGUGGAUCCGGCAGCAUGA